UUCUGAGCGGUUGAGAGAAGGAGGCGGCGGCGGGCGCCAUGCGGACCCGUGGGGAGGUGGACGCGACGCUGCAGACGGCCAAGCUCAACCCGGCGGAGCUGCUGCCGGCCGUGCAUUGCCUCAGCUUCGGGCCGCAGGCCAGCUCCGGUGAAUGCUGCCUGCUGCAGCUGGAGCCGGGCCUCUGCGCCGAGCUGGAAGCGGGACGCAGCCUGGUAAUCCGUGGCGAAAAGGAUGAACAAGCAGUGUUGUGCAGCAAAGAUAAAACCUACGACAUGAAAAUAGCAGAUACCUCAAAUAUGUUGCUGUUUAUUCCUGGUUGCAAAACUCCAGAACAGCUGAAUGCAGAUCAAGCAUCUUGUGAUAUUAUUCAUUCACAGAUUGCUGGCUUCUCCAAUAACUACUGGGAAUUAAGGAGAUGCCGACCUAAACUGAAGAAACUGAGACAGCUUUUAAUGGAAGAUCCAUAUGAAGGGCCAGAUAGCCACAAAGAUCAGACUUUGACAUUUUCAAAGUAUACAACAGAAGAUUUGUUAAGUCUGAUUCAAGCAAGUGAAGAAGAAAUACUGCAUCAAUUGCAGGUUAUAAAUGCCUGCAAAAUUGAAGGAUACUGGAGAAUUCUAGAAUUUGACUAUGAGAUGAAGCUCUUGAAUCAUGUGACUCAACUUAUAGACUCAGAGUCCUGGUCUUUAAGUAAGGUUCCUUUACGUACCUGCCUUGAGGAACUUGGAUCUUUAGAGCCCACAGAGAUGAUAGAACAUAUUCUUUUAAGCUAUGGAAGGAGAUACAUUGAUGAUGCAGGGGACGUUUACUUUGAAAUGCAUGAAGAUAAAAUAUGCAGAGCUAUAGCACAAAUGCUUUUGCAAAAUGCAGUUAAAUUCAAUCUCUCAGAGUUCCAAGAAGUUUGGCAACAAAGUGUCCCUGAAGGGAUGACAGCAAGGCUUGAUCAGCUUAAGGGCUUGGCUCUUGUGGAUAAAACCUCAAGGCCAGAGACCAUCUUUCUGCUAAAAGUAGAAGACUUACCUGAAGACAAUCAGGAAAGAUUCAACAGCUUAUUCAGCAUACGGGAAAAGUGGACAGAAGUGGAUAUUACCCCUUAUAUACAAGACCUCUGUGCAGAGAAGCAGACAGUUGGUGCUCUUCUGACAAAAUACGCUCGCUCCUCAAUGCAGAAUGGUGUUAAAGUUUAUAAUUCUAGAAGACCCAUCUCAUAACAAAUACUGUUUUAAGAACUGAGGAUACUGGACGGAGUAACAGUGAAUGUUGCUUCUUGCUGCCUUCUGGGGAAAGGACUUCUCAACUGGUAUUGCAGUGUUCUUGAAUUUCAGGAGCUAAGUUUCUUGCACGAGUUUUAUUUUCUGCUCAGCUAAAUAGAAUGUGAGGGCACCUGCCUCUUCUAAGAAACUACAGCAUCAGCAGCCCACCCCCCUCAGCCCCCCUUCCUUUUCCUUUGUGUCUGCAGUUAGGCCAGCAGUCAAGCUAAUUCUUGAAUACACUCUAGCUGUCCAUAAACUGGUCUGACAUUAAAAAUUAAAACCUCCUUGAUAAUAAUUAAAUCAAUUGAAUUGAUUUCAACAGCAAAAUGGAAUGUUAGUGUUUUGCAUUAGUGAGCAUUCUUGAAGAUUUCGUUGCAGUGUUGCCAUUUUGAAUGGUGCAGACUUUGACAGGCUCAUGAACAAGUUAUUCCAGACUAAGAUGACACUAGUCUUAAUUUUGGAAGAUGAUUCUUUUUAUGGUCAUUUCUGUGCAUAACAUUGGCAUGAGCUCUUGACACUUGUAAUAUUUAAGAGGCAAUUCUACAAAAAACCAAAUUGCAAUCAAGUGUGAAGGUAUGAGAGAAUAGUUGAACAUUAUGUUAUGAACUUCCUGUAAAGUGCCUUUAGAAUGUAGCUGUGGUAGAACUAAUGUUUUACAGAAGACUGCCUUUGCUUUUUAAAGAGAACUUAUAAAACUUUGUAACAUGAUUAUUUUCAAAAAACUUUUUUUAUAGCAAAUAACUGCACAUAGACAUUGUGCCUUGAAAACUUAGGUGGAAUAUUGUUCUGCAUGAAACAGGAUAUAUUUAUAAUAUUGUCAUAAAGUGGAGUGCCUGAUAUUUGAAAUUGUGUAAUCAUUAAAAACGAUUGUUUGCAUUAGUCAGUGAACCAAAGGUUAAUAUUAGACACUAUUCACAAUUUUUUUUAACUUAACAAUUGUAGGGUGUGUUUUUUUUAUACAAAAAGCAUUUGCUGCAUCAAACUGAGAUGUAAGAUAUGAAAACCUUCAGAAUUGCUAGCGUGCCGAGUGUAGGGUGAAUGAGGAGAGGAGAGAAACCAUGAAUCAAAUGUAAUUUGUAAGAUGGAUGUGUGCAUCCUUGGAAUUUUGUUAUAGGUCAAAACCUGAAUAAAAUUGACUUCCUGA